CGCCUCCUUGAAUAUAAAAAAGAUGAACAUUUGAUGAAAAUAUAAAAUUUGUUACUUUUUGAUUUUAUUCUUUAAACAGAAAAAUGUCUGCUCUUAUAAAGAUGUCUGUUAAAAAAACGAACACAUUAGAAGUAUAUAUAUGCCGAUAUAUGUAUCAACAAUACAAUCAAAGAAACCGAACUAUACAAAAUAAAAUAAAAUAAAUUUGAAUUUAAAUUCUAUACUAGAGAAAUAAUUGGGGAAUAGAGGAAGAGCGGAAUAGAGGAAUAAGAGAGAAAUAAGAGGGGAAUAGAGGAAUAGCGACCGACCGACCGACCGGAAUACAUUUUGAAAUGUUCCCUAAGCCUGACCUCGACGCUGACCGGCAACGUUAUAUGGAAAAAAUGAAGCUCGAGCCAGAAGAAAAUCAACUACAGAAAGAUGGAAUUUAG